AUGAUCGGCGCGUAUUUUGUUAGCAGGACGGAGCUCCUUGCUUGGCUGAACGCGUUGUGCGCGAUGGAGCUGACGAGCGUGAAGCAGACGAGCUCCGGUGCCGUGGUGUGCCAAGUGCUGGACGUGCUGUAUCCAGGCAAAAUCCCCAUGAACCGAGUGGACUGGACUGCCACGCAACCACACGAGUGUGUACACAAUUACAAACUACUGCAGCGGAUAUUUCUGUCUCUGCAGAUCGACAAGAAGAUACCUGUUGACAAGCUGAUUCACGGCAAGUACCAGGACAAUCUCGAGUUCCUGCAGUGGCUCAAGGCUUUCUAUGAUCGCCACGAGCCUCCACUACAGCCCUACGACGCCCAUGCGCGGCGAGCUAAAGGAAAAGGCGGUGUUCAAUAUAAUCAGAAGCUUAAAGGCGCUCUCGUGAAGAAGAAAGCGAGAGCUGCUACCCCGAAUCGACAUUGUUCGGCUGAAGUUAAGGACGCGGAGGUCGCUGCGGUGCUGGAGAAGAUGAAGGACAUGAAAAUCAAGAGUGACGGGCUGAUAGAAGAGAAGCAAGCACUUGAGGUAGAGCUCCACGCGCUCCGUGAGAAGACUGAGCGGAUCAAGGAUGAACGUGACUUCUACUUAAACAAACUGGAAACGAUUGCGGAGUUAGUACACAACGCCGAGCUAUCGAAGAGCACGAGUGCACAGACCAACCUGCUUGGUCUGUCAAUCCUCGACGUGCUGUUCGCGACGGAGGAAGAUGAGGAGGAGAACGAGUUGCCAUUUUGA